AUGUUUUCAGUUCUGUGUUUGGUUGCUUUCACGCAACUCUCGCUUGUUGAAGCCAACAGCGAAGUGAAAGACUUUCUGAAGCAUUUUAACCAGCGCGCACCCAUAGAAGCAAGUAAAAGGGAGAUAGCAGAUUGGAAGUAUUCAACAGAUGUCUCGUCUAAAGAAGCAGCAUCCGGAAAGAAAGUAGCGACUUUGGCUUUUCAAACUUUCCUCGAAGAAGCGCGGAAGAAUGCGUCGCGAUUCAGCAAUCUUGAGGGUUUACCAGAGACACUUCAACGACAGCUGAAGUUGCUUCGCACAUCUGCGACUCUGAAAGAUAAACAGCAGCGGGAAGAACUCGCAAAUAUUGAGAUUGAAAUGCAGAAUAUUUUUAGUUCAUCUCAAGUUUUCGACGCAGAGACAGGGAAAAACUUGUCUUUGUCACCGAAUCUAACAGAAAUAAUGGCUUCGUCACAGAGACACGAUCGCUUGAAGUUCGCGUGGCAGGAAUGGCGUGACGUUGUUGGCCCAAAAAUUCGUCCCCUUUAUGAACGAUACGUGAACUUGUCAAACCAAGGCGCCCGCGACAACGGUUUUCGCGACUACGGCGAAUAUUGGCGAUCCUUCUACGAGGUUGAUAAUCUGCCCGAGAUCGUAGAAAACCUCUGGAAAGAUCUUGAGCCGUUUUACAAAGAAUUACAUGCGUAUGUGAGGGUUCAGCUUAUGAAGCAAUACCCUCUAGUAAAAGAGAAAGAUGCCAUCCCAGCUCAUUUGUUGGGCAAUAUGUGGGCACAAUCCUGGACGAAUAUUUAUCCGCUAGUCGAACCGAUCAAGGACAAAUCAAGCCUUGAUGUUACUAAGCAGAUGAAUGAUGAUAAUUUUACAGUAGAUCGUAUGUUUGAGAUCACCGAAUCAUUUUUCUUGUCGCUCGGAAUGGAGAAACUCCCAAAUAAUUUUGUGCAAAGAUCGAUGACCAAGAAACCCGAAGGACGCGAUGUUGUUUGUCAUGCAUCUGCCUGGGAUUUUUAUGUGGAAACCAAAGAUGGAGAAAAGGAUGUAAGGUAAGGCAAAAAUAUACUGUGGAACGUUAGGAAGUUAGAUUUGUAAAGGUUAUGAUUGCGUGACAGUCACGCAAUAGCGAGUUUUUCCUUCAAGAAAAAUAUAACCCAAGACCAGCUUUAAUUUGACGUCGAUUACGACCCAUUCAUAAAAGUUUGUAAUAUAAUUUAUUCCACUUCCACCGUCAAACCAAGAAAUUUAAAUGAUCAACUAAUCUCUUCUUUUUUUGUACUUUCUCACCUGAUAGACCUUCUCUUACGAAAGUAAUUAACUUUCUCGAAACUUGCUUUCACAGCUUUUAAAAAGUGCAAUUUCCUGUAAUACCGAAAUUCGAGAUAAGUAGGGUUUCCAAACUUCAAACAGCGCGCAUUUUUUGCGAAUUUCCACGAUGGUUGACAAAAUAUUUGUUCGCGCCUUUUUAGUCAGAGAAGGUAAGCCACCUCAGAGCCCUUAAAACUCAUGCAGCCCUCAACCUCUUUCCCGUACAAUCCCACCGUGGCGGAUGUAUUAAUCUCGAGAUUAGGAAAUAACUUCCCGUCAUUUAGAUAGCUUUGCUUCAUUCCGAUUAAAAUCAAAGCAAGUGUGUUCCAAGGGCUGUUCACUUAGAUAAGAUAAUCACGAAUCUGUUGUAUCUUGACACAAAUCGAGCGACCAGCGGAGUGUUGGUAAUCUGACUGAAAACGGAAAUUUCACGCAAGGAUGUAAUCAAACAUCCUCUUUAAGUGAAAAUAAUGACCACUAGGUAGUUCUGCGAUUCCAGAUUAAUGAAGCAAGAUCAUUUGUUGCAUCAAUUCGUUCCAGUAUUUCAUCAAUUUUCUCAAAUGGUAAAGCUGAUCUGAUACUUACAGAAAUAACUCGAGCUAUUUUAAGAUCAUUCGCGAUUUAUGAUUCAAAAACAUUUCCCGUAGUUUGUUUUCGCCUUUUGAAGUAAGCGGUAUUCAUUGUUGACGCGUUAUCUAUCUGGGAAAGGCGGCAUUCCAAACAUAUCUGUGGUGUUUGUCACUAUCGUUUUGUUUUCUUUUUCGAGAGUAUUUUUGACGUGCGGGCAGGCUUUUAUUAUUAGCGAAGCAUGACACGCGUUUUCGAAAUUCCGCCCGCGGGAAGAUUUGAAAACGAGUCGGGGAGAGUUUGCCGGGGAUAUAGCAGACUAGCGCGCAUUCAUUAUCAAUGCUAGGCCUCUUACAGACCUCUCGCUGACUUGCGUUGCCUAAUAGCCCCUCAUAGUUUUCCACGGGCGAAGAAACAGUCGUGUCGAAGCACUAACUAAUUUUAAAUGUCUACUCGUCUUACCUUCCAACUGGUAUCUUAGAGCUUACCCCCCCUGUCGAUCAGCUCAUAUGACCCAUCGUCCGCACGUAGCACGUGGGCAAUUCGAUCCUAGCCACUUGAAAAGUUCGAAGUUCUCUAAAUGGAUAUAAACAAUAGUAACCACGUUAUGUACUUCUUCGGUUUGAAAUUGAUAUGAGAAACGUGAAAUUAGUAAUAGGGGCCUUCCCAGAAUGGUCUUAGACAGGAAACUGGGGGCACGCUAGGAAUUAGUCUUACAAAUAAAUGACUUUUCCUUGGCAGAGAAAAGUGGGUAAGUCCUUAAGCUCUGUAACUCUGCUAGGAAGCAGGGAAAUCUGGCAACCUGUCAGAAAAUUCUUCUCUCCGUAGACCUUUCAUGAUCCCUGACCUGAGAGUGAGUAAUAGUCAUCCCCGUGAUUUAGCUUUCUUUUGUUCUGUCUGGUUUAAUGAUCUUUUCGUUUUGUGCGCAAACCCGCCAGUCUCGUUUAUUUGGAACUCGAGUAGAAACUCGUGACCUCGCUUUUCGUGCAAAACUUUGUUAGAUAGGCGAUUAGAAUGCCACCGACCGGCGUCAACUUUUUUUCUCUCUUUCUUUUCCUUCUUUUUUUUUUUUUUUUUUUUCCUCUUUUGCGUUUGUCAGGCAAGCAGGGGCAAAUGCGAGGUUUUGGACGGAGACCUUAGAGGCUCAGCUGUUAGGUUUUGUGACUUCGCGAAAACGAAGAGUCUUGUGAGUCCGUGCGUUCGUGCGUGCGUGCGUCCGUGCGAGGAGCACCCUGCGUCAAAAUCUACUAGAUACGCAAGAUAUAUGUGGAGAAGAUCUUCUGCAUGCUGCAAUCUUUCAGCUAAUGUUUCUUAGUUCGUUUGUUUGCCCACCUAUUACUCAAUUUGCUUACGUUUUCUUUUUCAGAAUAAAACAGUGCACUGAGGUAACGCAAGGCUGGCUUGUCACGACACAUCAUGAGAUGGGUCACAUUUACUAUUUCUUGUCAUACUGGGAUCAACCCUACAUCUUUCGUGACAGCGCAAACCCAGGAUUUCACGAAGCUGUUGGUGAUACCAUAUCUCUCUCAGUUUCUACUCCACAGCAUCUUGUUAAGAUUGGAUUGUUAAAGGAAUAUUCUCAUGACGAAGGUGAGAAGAAAGAAAUACUAGGACCACAGGUGUACCGAGCUCGACGCGCGAGUUAACCUUUUGCCUUUUGCACCUUAACAUCAGUAUGUACAUUCUCCAUAUCUCGCAGGAUCUUCUUUACUUGGUGACUUAUGACUUUAAUGUGUGAUUCAGGGGCGUUGUUGUAAGGAGGAAUUAGUCGCUGGUCACUGUUAGGAGUUAAAGGGUUGAAAUGACUCACAUUUCUAUUACGUAGCAGUAGACAUGAAAUGAUUUGCAUGAGAGAAACUUGUUGCAUUCGGAAACCGAAAAAUUUUUCGGUAUUAACCGGGAAAAGAAAAUACAGAAGUGUAAAAACUUAUUGGACUUCAGUCGUGCGUUUCCUUGUCUCGAAUGUUUUGUUUGAGUCCAUUUGAAACUGUGCAGAUGUUGCUUUGUCUUUUACUUUUCGUUUUUGUUUUUGUUUUAUUUUUAAGUAUCCAAGCCCAGGAGCCCGGGGUGAUGGGCUCCUGCCACGCCUUGUUUUUAUAUCCCUCAACUCCCACGACUGAUUAACAUGUAACUUAUCUUUGUAAUCUUGGUAUAGCACCAAAUUCUCUUAUCUUAUUUACAAGGAAAUGUGUAGCAGCUGGAGAGGAGAAUUAACAAUCUAAUCUUUGGAAUUUAACUGCAAAAUCCACCGAAAACGCUUUGAUUUGAUCGAGAACCACACCUAAGUCAAGGAAACGACGACUUAAGCAAUUUUUUUCCUUUCAUUUAAAUCUGGAAUAUAUCUCUUUUAUUUGCAACAGUUUUCUCAUUCAAAUCCAAAUACAUGACAACGUCUUGGGCUACCUGUGCUGUUACCACUAUCUGUCACGCAACAUUGCCUUCUUUCCAACUUAGGCUGAAAGAGCACCUUUGCGUGACAGAGGAAGCAACAAGGAAAACUUAUGGUCGUCAUGGUGUUAAUGUAGUGUUCAUCACCAUUGCGGGCUCAGCCGGCAUGUAAAGGGAACAGAGACGAAAUAUUUACCUUGAGCGCGAUUUCAUUUAUUUAUUUAUUUAUUUUAACAUGUUUUUGCAGAAGCUGACAUAAACAAUCUAAUGAAGGCGGCACUCAGCAGUAUUGUUUUCUUGCCGUUUGGAUAUUUAAUCGACCAAUGGCGAUGGAAAGUUUUCGCGGGAAAAAUCCAACCUAGCGAAUAUAACACUGAAUGGUGGGAACUGAGAACUAGGUACCAGGGCAUCAAACCGCCUAUUGAGAGAACAGAAAAGGAUUUUGAUCCUGGGGCUAAGUAUCACGUACCAAACGACGUGCCAUACAUACGGUGUGUAAACGUUUUACAUUAUCUGACUCAUAAUGUAACGUUCAACGCCCUUGGAUUGUCUUGCGGGCUCAAUCCUCUCGCUAUGGCAUUCAGUAGGUCUGCAUGUCGUGUUAAUAUAUAGCGUUUUCAGAUGUUUAUGUCUCUGAGUAGCACUGCUACUACAUAACUCAAACAUUCAGGAAAAGCAAAAAUUGUUCGGAAUACUUGGGAUUCGAGUGAGCUUAUACUUAAUGGCGAAGAAAAAUGCUUUAUUUUUGAGCGCGAGUUGCUUGGGUUCUUCUCACUUUCAGUACUUACUUUAGCUUGAGAAGUAGGCCUUUCCCUUCCUUUGUAUCUAAGGGGCCAGUCAUUAUUUAUUAAGGGAGGGGGGACGGAGGAGUUUUGUUGUUUCACAUUAAAAUUUACCUGAUCUCCCUUUAGAUUUUGCAGUAUCAAAUGAUUUCCCCUCACUGGCAGUCUAUUUCCUGAACCCCCCACUUCUCCUUUGAUUGCCCGUUCAUCUUCUCCCCCCUCCCUCCCCUGGCGAUAAAAAAUGACCGAUACCUAAGCAAGAGGCGCGCUAGAGGUUCGAUUUCGCUUGUUUUCCUUGCGUGUGUUCCACCUAACGCACGCUUAUCCUGAAAAAGAACCGGAAAUGGCUGGUAACCCAGCCGGACUUUUCAUUAAAAAUAUAAGGUGGGGGUGUUGUCGCAAAGUUCCACUGAAGUCGAAGGCUUUUUGGCCUAUUUUCCAUCAGGUACUUCAUCAGCAGCGUGUUACAGUUUCAAUUCCACAAAGCGGCCUGUAAGUUAGCAGGCGUCGAGGGGCCUCUUCACCAGUGCUCCAUUUACCAGUCUAAGGAAGCGGGCAAAAAGAUCAGGUAAGGACUGGAGCUGAAAGGAACAAAGAAACUUUUAUGUUAUCUCUAAAAGUUUUCGUUGUUCUUCUCAUAGCGAGAUGCUGCAACUAGGAAAGAGCAGGCCCUGGCCCGAGGCCUUAGAAAGGCUCACUGAUAAGAGGACUAUGGAUGUGAGACCCAUGAAAGAGUACUUCUGGCCCUUGUAUUUGUGGCUUAGAAAACAAAGAUGCUCCAGAAAGUAUGCCAUUGGUUGGCCUGAAAAUCCGGGACCUGAGGAUGACCCAUGCGUGGUUCCAACGACUUUGCCAGACACGGACACUCGACCGGUAACCACAGUAAGACCGCAUGCGCAUGCGUGGUCUUUGAACUCAGCUGGCACAUUAAUAAUGACUAUUUCUUCACUUUUCGUCAGUUUGAACGUAAUUAAUAUAUAGUAUAUAUUUUUCCUAUACCCGACGAGACAAUUUUUAAGAUGUGCAUAUAGUUACACCUGAAUGGUCAGAUAUGAUAUUUUUCCUCGUUAAAUUUUGGCAAGAAUAACAACUCGUUUCAAUCAUGCCUUUUUGAUGUGUGUGUUUUGGUUAAUCGAUUUUAAACAUGACUGCAAAGCCCUAAGCCGUUGGAUAUUCUUUCCUACCGACUGCUGUGCAAUAUCAAUUUUAUCACCACGGCAAAACCGACCAAUCGGUUUUCCAAAACAACCUCUCAUUCUGACUUCCGGUUAGCUUUUCAAGAUAUAUUUACAGUCUCUGACAUCAGUCCUGCGAAAAGGUUCGAUCGUACAGCGGUCCUCAGAGGAUUUUGUAAGUCCUCUGCAAUUAUUUAAUGUUCUCUGCUCUCAAUUUAACUGAAGUGAUAUUUUCGAAAGCACCAUCGUCACUUUUGUCUUGCCACACCUCUGAUCGUCAUCAUCGUAAGAAAAGAAUAGCGGAGGCGACUUUCAGGGGGACAAGCUAUAUUGAUGCGACAACUUCCUGCACACACAUCCGAUGAGAGGCAAAUCUUAAAUUAGAAAUCCCUCCACGAAGGCGUCAAGAAAAUACUCUCCACAGAAGAGUAAAAAAACUAGUAAAGUACGAUGGUAAUUCCAAAAAACUGGGAGCCAAGAAGGUCGGGCACCCUUACAGACUGUUGACACUCGGAGCCUCUUGUAUAAAUCGAAGGAAAAUGUAAGUUAACUCACUUUAAAAUUGUUUUUGUUGGUGUUGCGGUCAUGACAGCAUGAACUACCUUACACUUGGCCAUUAUGGAAGUGACAGACAUGGCUCUAAAUUCAGGGAUCACUUCUAUGAUAAGUUUAACUGGUGGGUAUGAUCCACUGAUCACAGGGAAAACUUUUACGGAGCAAAUAAGAGACAUGGGAGUCGUGAACCGCUUCUAGUGCAGUGUUACGUAAAAUUAUUUCAGACCUAUAAACAACUUACCACCGAAACAUCGGAAGUUGUUUGAAAACAGGUGGCGUGCCUGGCAGGUGCUCGGAGAGCGAGCGAAUAGACACGCGACAGCUCGCACGCGAAAGCUUGUACGCGAGAGCUCGCUCGCGAGACUUUUCGCCUUUGGGAAAGUUUCGUUUAAUCUAUGGAGCCGAAGCUACACUUUAAAUCUAAAUCCCUAACGUAGAUGUGCGGCGUUGACUAAAAAAAAUGUUUCAGUUCUUGAUAUUUUUAAUUUUUUGAAUUUCCAAACUCUCAAUAUCUCAAGUUGCUAGCUGUCAAGGAUUUCGGGAAACGCGUUAGAGGUAUUUCUAACACUCCUUGUUCCCUUAAUACUCUCCGUCUACAUUUCCUUUCUUAAGUUCUUAAUACAACAUGCUAGCUAAGGGUCUAACGCAACUCUCCAGGAAAGCGUCGGUUUCCAGCCCAUGAAGGUGACAGUUAGCAAGCUGUCAACACCCGAUCAACGUCACGAUCUCCCACUUAGCCACUGAAUCAUGCCGAGCUACGCGAAACAAUUCCCGCACACCAAGCAUGUACCCCCGGCUUGUUGAUUUAUUCCAAAACGACUCUCUACUCAAAACUCCACACCCCUGCAGACAAGAUCGGCCAAAACAAAAUGAAGACCGACAGCACAAAAAUUACAAAGAAACCGUUGCGUAAAUCAGAACCAUACUCAAAAAGAUAACUUAAGCGAAAACAGCCCCCAAAGUCUGCUACAUAACAACAGAAUAAACACAGAAUUCAAGGCACCGCCCCCAAAAGAACUACCCGCCGCCCAUAUAGGUCAAUCGACCACAAACCCAGCGCGGAAGACGAAAAGUACAAGCCGCUUACACCCCACAGAAAGAGGCGUUGAACGUGCCAAACUAAAAAUCAAGAUUUAUCUUUUUGAUCGUGAGCUAGACAUGAAAUUGAUAUAAAAACGAACCUGGAAAGAAUCCGAAGUAUAUGAAGAAGGAAUUUCCAGGAAUUCCUUUACGAGAUUAACUUUUACCAGAUCAAAUUACUUGUAUUCAUCAAGCAGAUUAUCAUAAUAGAAAUAUAUCUUACCGCAAGAUAAUUGAAAUACUUCGCAGCAAGUUUUAAUCACCGUAGAAACUGAACAUCUGCUUUCAUGUGGAACUCGCGAUAGGAUAAUAUGCCAUAAUUACUGUGGAGUUAAAUGGGCUGUAUUUUCUCUUAGAAAGAAACGAUAACAAUCACUCUAAUUACAAAAUACGACCGCCAUCGAAAUAGGAAAUUAUCAACUGCUUACAAUAUUUUUUAACUGAAUGGCUUAUGCAAAUAUGUUAUUUGCAUUCAUAUUCCCAACGCCAAGGUAAGAAAGCCCUUAUAAAUCUUCUAGAUAAGGAUAUGUUUAAAUUUUAUCGUAAACAAACAGCCCCCAAGUAAACAGAGUGUCCAGCUAACCAGAUAGCAAGAGAAGAUCAUUUCGAUUCAAUCCAUUUAAAAACGACAGUUAUACGAAAUUUCGCGCUAUGUCAAGGACAUUUUCUGCUCCUUGCGUGAUCAACCGUCUCGUCUCAGUGAGGAACGUAGACUGGUCCAGAGGGAGAAGCGAAAUCGGACUUAAGGAAAAUAAUUUAACGUUUCGUGAGCGGACUUAUCAAUGAAAUAUGGGCUAAAACUCGAUGGUCGGUCUGUCGGCUUUCCGAGUUACGGAUGACUCGUAAGUUUCAAUUUCUUAGAAACUGAAAUCCCCUGCUUCAUUUAGUCAAUGCAAGAUUCGUUAACUUAUUUGUUUUGUAGCAAAUUUGUUAACUGCUGCAGGUACCUUUUCACUUCAGCUGAGUAUUUUGUAAACUGUACACGGUUCGAUUUCUCUACUAUAAGGAAAAGAAGUCCGAGGUGGCGUUGUAUCGGUCUAUAUUGAAAGAUUUUUCCCUCGAAUCUUGGUUCAAGCGAGAGACAGAUCAACGACCCUUCAGAGAUCUAUUGCAGAAGCACUGAACUCUCUUUCUAAAGGUAUUGCAAUUUAUAAUUUCUGUAUUUCGAGAGAGGAUUAGAAAUUGAGGUCAACUUGCGUUCAAGUCUGAAAGUUCUUUAGUUUGCCUUUAUAUUCAGUAGAUCGAAACCGUGAUUCGUAUAAUUCAGUUUAUAGAGUCGCAGUCGCUUUGAGAUAGCACUCGCUUAGCUCACCGAAACGAGCCGCCGUGAACCGCUAAACAGAGUACAUUUUAUUGUCGGGGUCUUGAUUAGCAUGUAUAUAAGAGGCCGUGUUUCCAGAGUAGAGGGAGCCUCGAACCUUCGACCAGCGACUUUCAUUAUACAGCAUGUUUUUUUUGUUUUCUUUUUUUUUUCUUAUUAUUGCCCUGUUUCAUCGUCUUACUAGAUGAAUUAUAUGAGAAUCUGCUAAAAAAAUGAUACUGGUUAAGCUUAGGAAAAGGAAAGAAAUCAAAUUUUGGCGAAGAUUUUGCUUGAAUGUUCCUUGAGUUUUUUUAUUCACAACCAUUGUUCAGGACAUGAGUGUGCGCUCCUCCUCUGAACCAAGAAAUUUGAGGGAGGAUCGCAGACCAGGUUCGAUAGCACGGCAGAAAUCGAGCCUAUGAAGUGUCAAGCGUCAGAGCCGUUUCAUUAGGACGGAUGGCUAAGCCACAAGAGGUUUUGGGCGACAAAAAAAAAAUGAUAUAAACUCACUGUUUCGAGGGUUUGGUUUUGUUGUUUUGUUUUGGUAGUUUAGCGACGAAAAGCGUGCGGCAAACGCGCGAGGACAAGUGCAAAGCGGAAGAAUAAAAGCUCUUUCUCCGACCAUACCCCAGCCCCCCUCUGUUCUCCUCGCAACCCACAACCCCCCUUCCUCUUUUUUUAGGGUUUGAGGAGUGUAAACAAGCUACCGGCUCCGAUGACGUUUGUUUUGCUUGUGUAUGUUACUAAUAUAAUCAUUUGACAUUAACAAUCCUUUAAAACAUUCAUUGUUCUUUUCUCAAAAGUGACAGCGGUACACGUAAUUUGACGCGCUCGUACGGCGCGCGACAUCUCUAACCAAGGACAGUACACAACGGAAAAACGCCCACUUCUUUGUUGGAACCGAAGCUUGCGGCGAAGCUUGCAUUCCGUCCUCACAAUGAAACUCCAUAUAUUUCAUUUCUUUGCUGUUUUUGUCGCGCUAGCGCCGUUUCCAACCUUCAGUGAAGUUGAUCAGGCGGCGGAACUGGCAGCGAAGGACUUCCUCAAAAAUUACAACGAUAUUGUACCCAAAGAGGAUUACAAAACGUCUGUCGCAUCAUGGAACUACGCUACAAACCUGACUGACCACAACAAAGCGAUGAAAACGAACAUAAGUUUGGUAUUCUCCGCUUUCUACAAACAAAUGCGUGAGAAUGCGACCAAUUUCGAUACCUCAAAGCUCUCAGCAGACACCGCGCGUCAGAUCAAGUUCAUUACUUCAACCGCAACUCCGAAGGAUGCCGAAACGCUGAGGAAGCUAACAGAGUUAGAAUCGGAAAUGGAAGAGAUAUACAGCACGGGAAAAGUGGAUGACAAAGGAAAAAAACUUUCUCUGAACCCCGACCUUUACAAGAUUUUGUCUACGGAGCGUAAUUACAAUCGGCUACUGUUCGCUUGGAAAGGUUGGCGGGAUGCAGUUGGCCCGAAGCUCCGAAAUAAAUACACUGAAUUUGUGAGGCUGAAGAAUCAAGGUGCUACGGAAAACGGUUGGAAAAACAUUGGUGAAUAUUGGCGGUCUUGGUACGAAGUUGAAGACCUGGAAGGAAUGGUAGAGGGAUUUUGGAACAAACUGAGGCCCCUCUACCAAGAAUUGCACGCCUAUGUGCGUUACAAGUUGAGCAAAAAAUAUCCGCAAAUGUCUACAGAUGGGCCCAUUCCAGCACAUCUGCUGGGCAACAUGUGGGCGCAGUCAUGGGUGAAUAUCUACGAUCUGGUUGAACCCUACAAAGGGAAGCCGAGUUUAGAUGUGACAGCGAAUAUGAAGAAGCAAAAUUACAGUGCUGAUAAGAUGUUCAGACUGGCGGAGUCCUUCUUCACGUCGAUUGGACUUGAACCGCUCCCCAGCUCUUUCUACAACAACUCCAUGAUAACCAAACCCGAAGGCCGUGAAGUUAUCUGUCACGCGUCAGCGUGGGAUUUCGGCAUCAAUAAAGAUGUCAGGUGAGACAUUAUUUUUAAACGUGGUGAAAAAGUGCUCAUCUUAGACAGCAUGAUCUCACCUCGAAGCCUUAUAAAAACGAAAAAAAAGAAACGGUUUAUUUUGGCCGGUAUUUAUUCUGUUUACAUACUUUACUAUCUCCGGACGACGCCGCUGUGAAGUGAACUGUUUUUGUUCAUUUAGUCUGACUGCAGUUUGAAGGAUGUAUUUGAUUUUAAAAUUUUCGUGGCAACAUCAAACUGUGAAUGCCUUCUUGAGGCAGAAGAAUAAAAAAUGUGGAACAAAAUUUCCUAAAAAGAAGGUCCUCUCUUCUAAAUUUUAGUCACGAUCGACGACAGGCAAAACUGCGAAACAGGACUCUUUUCGAUUAUGAAAUGCAAUUAGGAAACUUUUUUUUCAACUUGCCAAAAGAUAAACACCAUGUCUUGUAAUAGACAAUUGUGCUAUUGGUUUAAUUCUACUCGUCCGACAAUUACAUUAGUGCUACCUCAUAUUUAUACAACCUUUGAUCUCUUGUCAAUUAACUUCACUGAUUUUUCCAGUCAUAAGUAAACUGCUUUUUUUGCUUAAUUACUGAGUGGUAGGGCCGGACGGGAAAUAUUUGGCUCAAGCUCAAGGUGUGCGGACAGAGCGCAGCAUUUUAUCAUAUGACCACUAAGUGUUUAAAAUUUCGACUGUAUUCUUUCGCUUGACAAUUCAGUUCUUCACAGCUACCCUAGGCAGACUACUAGAGAGGUUUGAAUUUGUCACCUUUUUUCAAAAUGCGAAUCUUUUAAAGAAGACGUUCACCGAUGUUACGUAACAUGUUUGUGUUGACGCUCGUCACGCAAUAAGAGGAAAAGCAUUAUGCGUGACCUCCUUAGACCACAUCCGAAAGAAUUAAUACUUGGAGAACGUAUCUUUUACGAAUCGAAUACAAUCCGUGAAGUUUAAUGAAGUCUAAUGCCCAAGGAGAUCUCCUUUGCAUCCUUAGUAGACUUCUUUUGAAUGUCACGCAACAGGGCGCUACUAAAAAUUAACGUGACAUCUCAUUAAAGACAUCUUUUCAGUCUUAAAAUAAACUUUUUUCGCCUGAAAACAUGUACAGUCGGUAUGAAUUCAGGAAAGUGGGGGCUGUCACAACUUAUACGGACUACCUUGCUAUGGUAGUAUGGUAGUAAAAUAUCUCAGCAAAACUUCUAAGGGAAUGUCCUGAUGUUCUAGCGGAAUCUCUUACUCAUCUAUUCAAUCAAUCCAUAAUGACUGGCAUCUUUCCCGAUGAGUGGAAAUCUGCCAGAGUCACUCCAUUGUAUAAAAAUACUGGGAAGCGCUCUGAUCCGACUAAUUAUCGACCAAUAUCAAUAAUUCCAGUUGUGGCCAAAGUCUUUGAACGGAUAAUUUACGAUCAGCUUUAUCGUUAUUUAACUAACAACAACUUUCUCUCGUGCCAUCAAUCUGGUUUUCGGUCUUUGCAUUCCACGCUCACAGCACUUAUCGAAGCUACAGAUAGUUGGGCAAUGGAUAUAGACCGUGGUCUUGUUAAUGCCGUAGUGUUUUUAGACCUCAAAAAGGCAUUUGAUACAGUAGAUCACGAUAUUUUGCUACGAAAAUUGCAAUACUAUGGGAUUUGUUGGACCAGUCAUCAAUGGUUUGCUUCUUAUUUAGAUAUUCGAACACAGAUUUGCCAUGUAAAUUCUUGUAAGUCAACUCCGAAAUAUCUAAGAUGUGGUGUUCCCCAGGGAACAAUUUUGGGACCCCUUCUGUUUUUAAUAUAUAUUAAUGACUUACCACAUUGUCUGACAUAUUCGGAACCCAGAAUGUACGCUGAUGAUACCAGCCUGACGCUUGCCAGUACUGACUUUGAUCAUAUAAAUUAUUGCCUUAAUUACGACCUGAGUAAUGUGUACGAAUGGCUGAGUGCUAACAAGCUUACCCUAAAUAUGACAAAAACUGAGUUUAUGCUUAUUGCAUCAAGGCAGAAGUUAUCACAAUUUACGGAAAGUCCUUCUCUUACUAUAAACGAAAUCGCAAUAGAAAAAGUAACCUCCGCUAAGUCCCUUGGAGUUUAUGUCGAUCAAAAUAUCAACUGGGAGUGUCAUAUUGAAAACAUCUCUAAGAAGAUAGCUUGUGCCAUUGGUGCAAUUAAACGAAUUCGGCACCUCACUCCAUUUAAUGUUCUAAUUAAAGUUUAUAAUAGCCUUGUUCAACCACAUUUUGAUUAUUGUAAUGUAGUGUGGGGAAACUGUAACAAGGGCCUUUCUGAAAAACUGCAAAGGCUUCAAAAUCAGGCAGCUCGCAUCCUAAUGUCUGCGAGCUAUGAUAGUAAUUUAGAUGAUUUGUUCCGGGCACUAGGGUGGCGAAGACUCUACUAUCAAAGAUUGGAACAAAAAUCUAUCUUAAUGUAUAAAACUUUACAUGGUAUGACACCAGAUUAUCUGAGAUCAAGAUUUGUAUAUCGUGACAAUAUAAGUGCUUAUCGUUUAAGGAAUACGGAAAACAAAUUAGUUCUUCCACAACCUCGAACUGAUUAUCUUAAGAGAAGUUUUUUGUACAGCGGAGCUCACUUGUGGAACGACUUACCCUUAGACCUGAGACAAGCGUCUUCACUGACCGAUUUCAAAUCUAAAUUAAGUCGCCACAGUUUAAAGUAAUAUCUUAAUUUUAAGUAAAUUUUAGACACAGCCUCCAUGAAAAGCAGAUAUUUUUUUUUUAUUUGUUUCUUUUAUUUGAAUUGUUAUUAUUAGAUUUUAUUAUAGUUAGGAAGAUAGAUAUACCUUUAUAAAUAAUUAACAACUGAUGGAAAUACCGUGUAUAAAUAAAGUUAUCUUAUCUUAUCUUAUCUUAUCUUAUGGAAUUUUUCCAAAACUUCGCGAAAUUACUAAAUUAGACCCGAACACUAAGACUUUAAGCGUCGUGAACACAACAUGUGUUGCGUUUUCUUUCAUUCAUAGAGUCAAGCAAUGCACUACUGUUACACACAAUUACUUGGUAACCACGCACCACGAGCUAGGGCACAUCCAGUAUUACUUGCAGUACUGGGACCAACCUAACGUCUAUCGCACUGGGGCCAACCCUGGUUUCCAUGAGGCAGUUGGGGAUACCAUGUCCUUGUCGGUUGAUACGCCACAGCACUUGCAGAAAAUUGGUUUGCUGAAGGAGGUCAGCAAUGAUACCGGUAAGAUGGUAAUCCUUGUUUGAAAGAAACAGUCGACUCCAAUUUCUCGCCGUUAACGAACCACGCAUGAAUAAAAAUCGAUUCAUCAUGAAUUUUCGUGAUACAAUUACAGCAGUUUUAGCAUCUGUAGUUCAAGCAGGUACUUUUACGAUCUUAGCACCAGCUCGAAUCGAAAUCGUUUUACUCAGCAUUUUCUCCCGAAAAUGUCAGUUAUUUUAACCUCGGUUACUAGAACAUCACGUUAAAUCGAUUUCAAUUCGAGUCCUUCAUACUAUUACAGUAAUUUAAACUUCGGUUACUGGAACCUUCGAUAACUAUAACUUCGAGUUCUAUUAGCUUCAAGUAUUUCUGUUUCCGCCAGGUCACUACGUAUGCAAAUUUUACCUUUGAUAACUCGAGCCUUCCUCAUUAGUACGUGAUAAGUAAGAAUGUUAUCACAAUUGGCAGUGAUGUCGCAAUCUGAUUGGCCAAUUUGCCGAUGUCAAUAAGUGUACAAACAAUGCUGCUUGCGUCAACGUGUCACGCAAUUGGCUACGCCCACUGGCAGUGCUCUAGGCCUCAUACUUACCUGCGGUUGAAAGAACGCUAUCUAUAUAGCUUGCCGGCUAAAUAAACAGUUGUGAACAAAAAUUAAUUCAAGCACAAGCUUUAUUUCUUUUAACCUCAUUUUGCAGAAUCCGACAUAAACGCCUUGAUGAAGAUGGCUCUGCGUAAGGUGGCUUUCCUUCCUUUCGGAUUCUUGAUCGACCAAUGGAGAUGGAAAGUUUUCAGCGGUAAGAUCACUGAGGAGAAUUACAAUACCGCGUGGUGGGAACUGAGGACUAAGUACCAGGGAAUAGAACCUGCUGUGGAAAGGACAGAAAAUGACUUUGAUCCCGGAUGCAAAUAUCACAUUCCAGCUAAUACACCAUACAUCAGGUGGGUAUUGUAGCCAGUGGGAGAGAAGUUUAUUCUGAUCCCUUUCACAGUCGACUGGCGGGGGAAGGGAGGGGAGACCGGGAGGGGGUUGGGGUUAGGAAGCCACUCUCCACCAGACAAGUUGUAAUAACAAAUGCAAACAUCUUUGCAUGCAUAUUUUCCGAAGCCAGUUGUUUGAAAAACAUUAAAUAACGUCUAAGUAUAAACCACACCUGUAAAUUGUGCUUUUCGCGCGCGCGCUUAUUGGUUAGUUUGGAAGUGAAUAAUAAUUACUAUUUACCUGCGAGUUGCUGAGAAAAAAAAACUGCGCUUCAAGAGCUAAAUUUCUGAGCAUUUUUCGAUGUAUUGAAAAAAAUAAACUAAUUUUUUUGUAUAUGUGUGGUGUAUGCUAAAACAAUUAUUCACCUGAUUGUCGUUGGAAGUAAUAGAUAUUUCCUUCGCUGCUUCGCGGCGCCGUAAAUAUCCAUCACUUUUCACCUCCACUUCGGUGAAUAAUAGUUGAUUAUUUCGCCAUGCACGAUCCUUUGCCUUAAAUUGCCCCAUCGAAACGUGAGGGGAGGAACGAAGGGCUUAAGCCUCUCUUCUCAGGGCGGCUUUUGUUAUUCGAACCCCCUGGCGUCAUUUAUUUGUUUUAAUUUUCACCGCGGAACUCAAACCUUUAAUAACUCGAACUCUCGAUAAUCCGAAGGAAUUCUCGUUUCCCCCUAGGUUGGUAAGUUGUUCAAAAGGGUUGCUCUCCAUAGCUCGAAACAUGUCAUCAGCGGUGCCUUGUUUGUCGUACAUUGUUUGUUGCGCGAUGGAAAUUUUGAAUUCAUAAUCUGCAUGGUUUUUCAUUGGACAAAUAACAGUUUGUGAGAAUAGAAAAACGACAACGAGGAAAGGAUGAACUAAAGGGAAACAGGGAUGACUGAGAAUGGACUGUUUCCUCUCCAGGCGUUCAAUUGGUGAAAUGUAGCGUGAUAGUAAAUGAUGCUGAAGAAGCAGCGGACUGUGAAAAGGAGAGAUGCAUGGGUCGGGUCUCGUAUUGACCUCCGCGUUAAGUUAUCGCGCUUCGUUUUUCAAGCUUAACGUCGGGAAGACGGCUUUUCCAAGAAACCUUGUGUUGGGUAGAAUAUUUCCCCGAUGAAUGUGUCACUGACCAAAUUUAAUUUUUUUUAUUUUUAUUGCUCAGGUACUUUAUGAGCUACGUGCUACAAUUCCAGUUCCACAAGGCCGCCUGUGAGGCAGCCGGACAUACGGGACCUUUGCAUACCUGCUCCAUCUACGAGUCUAAAGAAGCGGGAAAGAAGAUCGGGUAAAUACUGACAAAGAUGUGGUACUUUUUGCUGAUAUGCUUGUUCCUUCAGCUAUUGCUGAACCACUGUUGUACUGAGAAGUAUGAAAAUAUUUUUAUCUCUUGUGAAUGUGAUACUUAUUUUUCUACUUAUGACCAAACUUUGCCUUGUCCGGCGAACGUGAACGACGACGGCUUAUUUUUUUAAUUUCUAUUUGUAAUUAAACGCUGUAUUCCAUAUUCAGUUCCGAGGUAGCUUGGACAGCGAGAAAAAAACUAAAUGACUCUAGAGUAUCACGAGAUUCGUAGGUAAAAUCUAGGUUCAUUUUUUUAACCGACGUUUUCUACGGCGUCACCGUCGUCGUUUCAUUCAUUUAUCAACAAACUAUUCACUGGAUUAUUUUUUACACCUAUUAAAGCUCUAAAUCGUUUUUAAUAAUUCAAAUUAGCAUAGAAGAGGCCAGAAAAAGCAAAACUCGACAAUGAUUGGAUAUUGGGAGACUCUGAUUAAUUAUGUCCCGUUUUGUUCAAAAGUGCCGUCAGGAUCAGUUCCAGGAAAUUAACCGCCAUGCUAUGUUAUUUGUCCCCCAAAAAUUAUUGCUUUGAUAUGUUAUUGUUGUUGUUGUUAUUAUCAUUAUUAUUGUUAUUAUUACCAUUAUUAAUAAUUAUAAAUCUCAAUUUCAUAGCCCACACAUGGAGAAAUCAAUUAACGUGUUGUAUUGAAUGGCGUUUCUCUCCUUUAAUCUAUAGGGAUAUGCUGAAGAUGGGAAAAAGCAAGCCUUGGCCGGAAGCUCUCAAAAAACUGACCGGAAGUGAAACACUGGAUGUUGGCGCUCUAUCGGAAUACUUUGAGCCUCUCCGCAAGUGGAUGAUGGAACAGAGGAAAGAGCUGGGGUACACUGGACCCGGAUGGGACGUAGACGCAAAGGCUGGAGUAUCAGCUGUUCUUCCCACACUGUUCAACACUGUCAUGGGUUCUUUGAUUGUGACAGUUGUGCUCUUUUGCUAG